GUUCCGGUGUCAGGGUCACUGCAAGGAGCACCGCUGCAAGGCGUUUUUCUCUCAAAAACGCACUGCUACAGCAAGCAUGGCGGCAGCAUUCCGAGGGAGCCUUGUAUCAUUAGCUAAGGGCCUCAGUGGCUCCUGGCUCCAUCAGCUGGGCUCCAGGCCCCUCAGUGUGUCGGCUUGCCUGCGAACCCCGGAGGCCCCCCCUGCUCGUGCCGACAGCACCUUCAAGGUCACCAUGGUGCCCGGGGAUGGGGUGGGACCCGAGCUCAUGACAGCUGUCAAAGAAGUCUUCAAGGCAGGGGAUGUGCCGGUGGAGUUUGAGGAGUUCCACCUGAGCGAGGUGCAGAACAUGGCCGGUGAGGAGAAGCUGGACCAGGUGCUGAAUUCCAUGAAGACCAACAGGGUGGCCAUUAAAGGGAAGAUCCACACCCCAAUGGAGUACAAGGGAGAGCUGGCUUCCUAUGAGAUGAGAUUGAGGCGGAAACUGGACCUGUUCGCCAACGUGGUCCAUGUGAACAGCUUGCCCGGGUACAGCACCCGCCACAACAACCUGGACCUGGUCAUCAUCCGCGAGCAGACAGAGGGAGAGUACAGCUCCCUGGAGCAUGAGAGUGUGAAGGGCGUCAUUGAGUGCUUGAAGAUCAUCACCCGUGAGAAAUCCCGCCGCAUCGCCAAGUUCGCGUUUGACUACGCCACCAAGAAGGGUCGCAACAAGGUCACCGCCGUGCACAAGGCCAACAUCAUGAAACUGGGGGAUGGCCUCUUCCUGCAGAGCUGUGCUGAGGUAGCAGAACUCUACCCCAAGAUCAAGUACGAGAACAUGAUCAUUGACAACUGCUGCAUGCAGCUGGUGCAGAACCCAUACCAGUUUGACGUGCUGGUGAUGCCCAACCUGUACGGGAACAUCAUCGACAACCUGGCGGCUGGGCUGGUGGGCGGAGCGGGUGUGGUGCCCGGGGAGAGCUACAGCGCGGAGUACGCUGUCUUCGAGACCGGAGCACGGCACCCCUUUGCCCAGGCUGUGGGAAGAAACAUCGCCAACCCUACCGCCAUGUUGCUGAGUGCCGCCAACAUGCUGAGGCACCUCAAUCUGGAAUACCACUCCCACAUGGUGUCUGAGGCCGUCAAGAGAGUCAUCAAGCAGGGCAAGGUGCGGACGCGAGACCUCGGGGGGUACUCCACCACUGGAGAUUUUGUGCGUGCAGUGGUUGACAACCUGCGUUACCGGCCCAUACACUGAGGAGUCCUCGAGUGCAGACCCAACCUGACAACCCCUUUACCCCACCCUGGAUCUGAACUCUUGACGCCAAGUCCCCCAUUCCCACCCUGUUGCGCAGACACCUCUCUGUCAAUACCCACAAGCCUGAGCCAAGACCUUCCCCGCCCCUGAGGAUAUAAAAUUCUAAUGGCGGCCCGCCCAGUCUCCCACCUUCCUGACCUCCUAACUCCACACCCAGUCUGCUGUCUGCCAGCCUCCUUUGGCUUUCCUUGCUUCUGUUUCCUCUCUGUCGCUUACUUCUCAUUGAUUUAGCUCCCUUUCCUUCUCUCUGUUCAUCAGCACUUUAGUCGUAUUGUGUUGACUCUCCUCAGUCGUUCUCGUUGCUGGUCUUCCUCUCUGCCCUGUUUCUCAGUGUAGCCUCAUUAUCUUCUUCAGCUCUAAAUCUGCUCUGGGCUGGUCUUUUCGUCCUUCUGUCUUUCCUCCGGCGCCUCCGUCUGUCUGACUAACUCUGGAGGGGACAUUCCUGGGCUGUGCGAAAGGCUCGCUUCCGAUCCAGCCGUGGAUGUUGGGUCGUUUAAGGCGACAGCCUGUUAACUUACAGCACCUGACCUGCUGCGCUACAGUCAGCGUGACUUCCGGUUCAGUCAAAUGGUUCAUAUCUCACUGGUUACAACUUAAGCUCCACCAGUGUUAUAAAUACUGCUUUCAGAGUGGGUGCAAAUGUUGAUGAUUAUGAGCAAGGCUGUUUUUUUCAGCCGUGUACCAUAAGAAAAAGAUGAUUAAGGGCUAUUGUUUUAUAAUGAGUAUUAUACAAUGGCAGUCACCCAAACUCUGUUUUGUAACUCUUAAAUGCUGACAGUUUGCAUCCGAUUCCUGUCUAUGUAAUAAUGAAAUGCUCAAACUCCACAUGCAGGAGUUCCGUUGUAAUGGAAAUGUUCUGUUCAGAGGAGGAACUUUGAUCUGUUUUCUCUGUACCCUGCUGCUUUCAUGGGAAGAGUGUGACUCCAGUAGCAGUUUGAUCCAUUUUAGGCUUUACCAAAGCAAAGAACACAUGCCAUACAAGCAUACUGCUUUGAAGAGGCGACCUCAAAGAAGCAAACAACCUGGCAGUGAAAUCUCUGAGGGGGUUUUAGCUCUGAAAUGUGCAUAAUGGUUGUCACUUAAAAAGUACUGCUGAAUGUUGACAAGUGCACUCACUGGCAUUUUGUUCUGCCUUGGGGAAAGGAGUCAGCUACAAGGCUUGGUGAUGAAAAUGUAAACAAAGCCAAUCACUGUCUCAAAAUCCCACCUGGCUUCACUCAGUUUAGGAACUGAUAAAAUAAAAAACACUGAA